AGACUUGUUGCUACCGCAUAGGUCUACACUAGAACCAUGGCUUGGCUUCCUUUCCAAGGUUACAUGGACAGCAGCCGAGACCGGCGGUUAUUGAGGACUGCCACGAUAUCGGAAGUCUGCCCUCAAGUAUCUGGUCGCUUUUCUCUUUUCCCAUCCCGUGCUUCGUCCGUCACUCCCACACCCAAACUUCAGCAAGCAGUCACUCCACCGACUGUCCAGUCGUUGGCAACAUCUAUACAGCGAUGAGAAACUUUGUGUUUCUGAGCCUGCUGCUCCUGGGGUUUGCUUCGUCCUGCGCUGCCGAGUUGGAGCUGGCUCAUGCUUGGGAACCCAUCUUCUGGCACACCAAUUGCCAACUGGAGGAUGCGCUCUGUGGCGGUGACAAGGCCAACUGGAUCGACCAGGGUUAUGCGAGUAGUGCUGGUCGGGCGGCAGGUCAACGAUGGACACUUCAACGAGCCCAGGAGGCGCUGCCAUAUGUCGAAGGCAUCGCUGGGCUAGACGUGACCAAUAAUCCUCGGGUCCAGAAUGUUGCCAUUUCGAUGUCCCCCAAGACGCUUGUUAAAAAGAUCACCAGCGCCUCGUUCGACUUUAGAAACGAGCGGGCCAACCGCAACCACGCAGCUGUGUGCGCGCUGAUCGAGUCGUUCCGCGAGGUGCCAUAUAAAUCAUAUCAGCGGCUCCCUGUGUUAGUGUUCCUCCACCUUCUCAACUAG